AUGGUACGGAGUUUAAUAGCAUGCAUGUCUUACUUAAAAAAUGGCGGAUGACGAUGUGAAUGGAGAUUCUGACGAUGUACAGCAGGAAAAGUCUCAGAAAAAAGCAGCCAAGUAUGAUAGCGGCGCGGCGGAUUUGGAGAAGGUGACCGAUUAUGCCGAGGAAAAGGAGAUUUCAUCCUCCGAUGGAUUUUCUUGUGCUCUCAGUAUAAUCGGUGAUCGUCGAAAUAAGGAAGCCGCAGAAAAGAAGGCCAAAGAGAAGGAACUGCUCAAAGUAUCUAUAAAAAAGGAAGAUGUUGAUUUAAUUAUGAAAGAGAUGGAGAUUAGUCGAGUUUUAGCCGAACAGACACUCAGGGAACACAGAGGAGAUAUUGUAGACGCAUUAGUAACAUUAACUAAUUGAUAUUGUAUAGAAUGUAGAAUAUUCCGACAUACAAAACUCUAAAUUCUAUUGUAAAUUAUACAAUCAGAUUUUGAUUAGAAA